AUGCAGAAGUCGGGGCUGUGGACCGCAGCCGUCCUGACCCUUCUCUCCGCACAGGCCUUUCCGCAAACGGACAUCAACAUCAGCCCAGCCAUGCCAGAGCUGCCCCAGGCUUCCCUGUGCCCUCUCUUCUGGAUGGAGUUCAAAGGCCACUGCUACAGAUUUUUCCCUCUCAAUAAGACCUGGGCUGAGGCUGACUUCUACUGCUCGGAGUUCUCCAUCGGCAGGAAGUCCGCCAAACUGGCCUCCAUCCACAGCUGGGAGGAGAAUGUCUUUGUGUACGAUCUUGUAAACAGCUGUGUUCCUGGGAUUCCAGCUGACAUCUGGACAGGGCUUCACGAUCACAGGCAGGAAGGGAAGUUUGAAUGGACAGAUGGCUCACCCUAUGACUACAGCUACUGGGAUGGGAGCCAGCCGGACGACGGCGUCCAUGCAGACCCAGAAGAGGAGGACUGCGUGCAGAUAUGGUACCGGCCCACCAGCGCUCUGAGGUCAUGGAAUGAUAACACCUGCAGCCGGAAGUUCCCUUUUGUCUGCAAGAUCGCAGCUCUGACCAUUCACUGA